CUUCCGUCACGACUCUUUGACCAAUCUUUCAUCCCUUCUCCCAUCCUUUGUAUACCAGCAUCGACAGAUUUCUGGCUUUAACAAGCAGCUGAAUCUUCUGUUUAGGUCUCAUCGCGCUUUCGCGAACCACCUGGUUUUCGAAGUGAAAAGAAUUGCCAUCUUGCACUUACUCCAGUACAGCAAUGAACCGAGUAAUAUAGCUUUCAAUGGCCCCAUCACUAUUAGCAUCUUCGUACGACCCUCUACCAGGUUCAAGAUCUUUCGACAACGUCUCAGUAACAAUAAAAUUUCAGACGGACAUGUCCCUCUCUUCUCAGCCAUCGUCAAGCAAGAUAUCAACCAUGCGACCGUCUUGGACGCCGUCGAUGCAAGAGGCACAUGCUAGUGAUCCUAGGAUGACCAACGACGGAGUGUCGUCACCCGAGGAUCAUGUAAACUUUCAUGAGAGCCUGCAAAUAGACAUGAAGGAGUUGGUUGGGGAUGCUGUUGGCAACAUGAGUAUCGGCCCGGCUUCUCGGGACAUUGUCCUUGCUGCACGGAGGGGUCUAUUCAUAAUUGACCUCGAAGCGCCUCUGGAAAUCCCGCGUUUUCUUCCCCAAGGUGGCACAUGGGAUGUAGCAGACGUUCAAUGGAAUCCACAUACUUCUCGAGCACAGUACAUCGUUUCCACGUCCAGCGAGAAAUUGUUGAUAUGGAAUCUCAUGGCCACAGGAAAGUCAAAUAUCGAACAUAUUCUCUACGCUCACUAUCGCGCUGUCACUGACAUAAAUUGGCAUACAACUGAGUUCGAUACAGUUGUGAGCACUGGCAUUGAUUCAUGGGUAUGGGCAUGGGAUCUUAGAGAACCCCGAAAGCCAAUAUUUGGACUCUGCGCUUUCAACUCUCCGGGGACGCAAGUCAAAUGGAGUCGACAAGAUGCCAACAUUCUCGCUUCAUCUCAUUCCAAUGAAGUGCUCAUCUGGGAUAGGCGUAAAGGCUCUCUUCCUAUCUCCAGAAUUGCAGCUCAUAAUUCCAAAAUAUACGGCAUUGACUGGUCUCACCAGGAAUCCAAUGAGAUAGUCACCUGUUCAUUAGACAAGACGAUCAAAAUGUGGGACGUGAACGCAUCACCUCAAGAGCCCAAAACUGUGAUACACACGACGUAUCCUGUUUGGCGUGCCAAGAACUUGCCGUUCGGCCAUGGUGUAAUGAGUUUAGCGCAGAGAGGGGAGGCGAUUCUUGAGAUGUAUGCACGCUCCGACCCAACAACUCCCGUCGACGUGUUCGAAGGACAUACAGACGUUGUAAAAGAAUUCGUAUGGAGGAGAGGUGGCAAGGACGACUCAGAUAUCCAGCUUAUAACAUGGUCGAAAGACCGGACUUUAAGGUUCUGGCCAGUCGACCCCGAAUCAUUGCGGAGGGUUGGCCAUGACCCACCAAUCUCACGAGGACGCAAAACGGCUAGCGACGAACGACGCACCUUCUCUUUCCGAAACCCUCCCCAAGCUUCAAAAAACUCUCCGCUUUUGUCGGCACCUAUCGGUCACCGUUCAAUUCUUGCCGAGGUUCGUGCUGGUGCCCCUCCUCGCGAGAAAUUAGUGGCGUCUUCAACACCAACUCCGCACUCUCGAUCUCGAGCUUCCAAACAUCCUGUCACUGCCUCAUACAAUAAGAUGACGAGGGGAAAUACUGGUAGCAAAUUUGUUAACACGAGAGUGGAUGCGUUGACUUGGUUGUCAAGUGUUAAGGUAGAGAAACGAAGAGGGAGCUCUUCAGGACCUGGCAGUGGCCGUAAUAGCGCGGAGGUGUCGAGGAUGGGUUCCAGAUCGCGAGGCGACUCGGGUCUCGGAGACACUGCAGGAAGCGACAGCAAAAAGAGAAGUGAGAGCAGAAAUAGACUUUUAGGAGAGGAGGCGAACCAAUCGUUACAGGAUGAAAUUACUUCUGCGCUCACGAAAUUGGCUGCUUGGAAAGUUACUUUGGAGAAGCACGAUCUAACGAAGAAGCGAACUUGCACGCUGGGACUAUAUGGACCUUGGGGAGAAUCCUCUACGGUCUUCAUGAGGGUUACGUUCACUUUUCCUCGUGAUUAUCCUCAAGCAGCACACCCUGAUGGGACGCCGACCGUAAAUCUUGAACAAAGUCCCCUUAUCUCUAUCAAGAAUCGCGCCUUCAUCCUCCGACGUCUGAAGGCGAUCAGAGAAACCCGGAGGCCUUGUCUUGAGGCUUGCCUGAGAUUUCUCCUUUGCGCUAACGAGGAAGAGAAUGGUCGAACAGAGGCACGCAACCAUCUGGACUCUGGAUCCUCUGAUGACGACGACGACGAAAAGAAAGACAAGGACUUUUCUCUGACACUGAGGAACCACAAAAACUUGGCCGAGCCAUGUACAUCUCAAGGAACAUUUGGUCCAAAUGGAGAGUUUGUAUGUUUCUUCCGUGCGCCACCAAGGAUUGUACGCAAUGUUCUACGCAGCAGCCGCUCCGAUUCUCCGACAAAGCCGUCAACACCCCAAAAUUCUUCAACCACCGUCAGCAUUUACCAGUCUCCGUCGCUCGUCGCUGAAGCGGUCCGCCGUCUUGGCACCAUCGCUUCUGAUCGUUCCGGAAAGUCGUCAGCCGAUUCACGCCCGUCUGACAACGGAGAAAACAUUCUACGUGUUAUGACCAAUUUCUUCACGUUCUCCCAGGAACGUUUUCGGCAUAAUUUUGACUCGCGGCUACAGGGGGAGGUGCCCGAUCACUUUGUGAUUCCGUUGCGGCGUAGUACGCUCUCUAUCGGGACGAUAUCGCAUAUUGCCGGGAGUGACAAGAAAGUUGCGAUGCGUUAUGUGUUUCAAUCGCAUAGUCUCUCGGAUGUGUGCGAUAGGAACGCUGUUGUGGCGAGAGAGUAUCACCGGUUUGAUCAUGAGCGGAUAUUCAUUACUCUUCGUGCUUUGUUCCAUGUCGAAGGGCCUGUGCAAGACGCCGAUUGGAUUGUUAAAUCGAGUCCUCUACUAUGGCAAGUUAUACGUCGCCUCAUUGCAGAGCUAACUCGGCAAAAAGACGUGCAAAUGCUAGCGAUGAUGUCUAUGAUAGUGCUCCAAGCCUUUGAUAACCACGAGUCUUUGGAGAGCACAAUGAGAAGCCCAGAUCCAAAGAACGUUAACACUCCUCCUCUACGUUCCGGCCAUCCCGACGGCUUCGAUUACUUCAGUAUGAGAAGUAGAAUGGACCGUGAUAGUCUAAAAUCGCCUGUAUGGCCCCGCCUUCCUUCUGCGUCCCCCAAAAUCUUGAAUUCAACGCCGUCCAUAUCAUCGUCUGCUUCUUCUCGAGGCUCCUGGUCAAGUUUGUUCAACACUGGCACUAUGCGACAGCUCAUGGGCGGUGUACAGGACACCAUCAAAGAUGGAUUAGCCACGCCAACCAUGGAGGCUCGACCCCUGCUUGUUAAGACUAGAUCGGUACCCAUCCCCGAUCGAAGUGAUCGCGUGCGGCAUGGUCCUGAUUCACCGAAGCCGCCUCACAGUAAGGUAACGCAGAAAGACAUUGCAGUGUCAAAAUCUUGGAACGAGAGGGAGCAUAGGCAAUCGGUGUCGUUCUCGCCUGCGUCGGUAUCGAUGCAAUCGCAAGGAUCUAGCGUUGGCCAUCGUGUUGUCGGGGGAACAGGAAAACGUAUAAUAGUGGAAGAGCCGCUGGAUGAGGAAAGUGUUGCGUCUUUAUUUGAUAGAUCGGAAAUCCAGCAAUUCCUGAACUCUGUGUAUGCUUACGCUGAAGUUUUAUUCAGCUGGCAGCUGUACCAUAAGCGACUCGAGCUACUGAAGGCCGUUCACGGACAAGAGAUGUCCUGGGAUAUCGGUCAGCACGAGAUCGGUAUUGUUCAUAGAUGUACGGUUUUCGGCUGUCAGGGCGAUAUUCCGCAUGGUGUUAGCGUGUGCACUUCGUGUAGCCAUCGGGCGAUGAUGCCUUCAUGCUCCGUUUGUCGUCUUCCUGUCAAAGGUCUUUCGCGAAGCUGUGUGCACUGUCUUCAUGUGCUUCACAUAUCAUGCUCAAAAAUGGCGGACGUUACGUCCUGUCCUUCCGGCUGUGGAUGUUGUUGUGAAUGGAGCUAACCCUUACUGUUGCGUGUGUAAGUUAUUAGCAGACGGUAUUGUAACGAAUUUAUUUGGUCACUUUCGCUACCGACACAUGACGUUAUUCGAAGACUAUAAUAAGUGUGUAAAGUGUGUGUAAGUGGCGAUAAAAAUCCAGAAAUUACGCUAGGGAGCAAAGCAAGUCCUGUACAGAUAAAUGAUUACAGUACAAUGUUCGAGAAGUGAUGUACAAGAGGAUGAACGGCUUGCUACAAUGCCUCCAAAAACUUUGUUCCCCCGU